GAAGGUAGGCUCAGAUGGUCCCGGGUCCUGGCCGGGCGGUCGCUCGGGCCCUGCGUGGGCUGAGCGGAGACGCGGAGUCCCCGGGAGUCUGGGCUCAGAUGGCCGAGCCUCGCUUGGCCUGGGAGCAUUUGAAAGCGUGAAAAGCCGUCAUGGCAGCGAGGCCCAAGCUCCACUAUCCGAACGGACGAGGUCGGAUGGAAUCCGUCAGAUGGCUUUUAGCUGCUGCUGGAGUCGAGUUUGAUGAAGAAUUUCUGGAAACAAAAGAACAGCUACACAAGUUGCAGGAUGGUAACCACCUGCUUUUCCAGCAAGUGCCCAUGGUUGAAAUUGAUGGGAUGAAGUUGGUACAGACCCGAAGCAUUCUCCACUACAUAGCAGACAAGUACCAUCUCUUUGGCAAGGACCUCAAGGAGAGAACCCUGAUUGACAUGUAUGUGGAGGGGACAUUGGAUCUGCUGGAGCUGAUUAUCAUGCAUCCUUUCUUAAAGCCAGACGAUCAACAAAAGGAAAUGGUUAGCAUGGCCCAGAAGGCUAAAAUUAGAUACUUUCCUGUGUUUGAAAAGAUUUUAAGGGAUCAUGGACAAAGCUUUCUUGUUGGUAAUCAGCUGAGCCUUGCGGAUGUGAUUUUACUCCAAACCAUUUUGGCUCUAGAAGAGAAAAUUCCUAAUAUCCUGUCUGCAUUUCCUUUCCUCCAGGAGUACUCAGUGAAAAUAAGUAAUAUCCCUACAAUUAAGAGAUUCCUUGAACCUGGCAGCAAGAAGAAGCCUCCCCCUGAUGAAAUCUAUUUUGAAGAAGAAUUUAUUGAAACAAGAGAACAGUAUGAAAAGUUGCAGAAUGAUGGACACCUGCUUUUUGGCCAAGUGCCUAUGGUUGAAAUUGAUGGAAUGGUGCUGAUGCAGACUAGAGCCAUCCUUAGCUAUCUUGCUGCCAAAUACAACCUGUAUGGGGAGGACCUAAAGGAGAGAGUCAGGAUUGAAAUGUAUGCAGAAGGUGUGGCAGAUUUGAGUGAAAUGAUCAUGAUUCUGCCCUUAUGCCCUCCUGAUCAAAAAGACGCAAAGAUUGCUCUGACCAAAGACAAAACAACAAAUCGCUAUUUCCCUGCCUUUGAAAAAGUGUUGAAGAGCCAUGGACAAGACUACCUUGUUGGCAACAGGCUGAGCCGGGCUGACAUUCACCUGGUUGAACUUCUCUACUAUGUGGAAGAGCUUGACCCCAGCCUUAUCAGCAACUUCCCUCUGCUGAAGGCUCUGAAAACCAGAAUCAGCAACCUCCCCACUGUGAAGAAGUUUCUGCAGCCUGGCAGCCAGAGGAAGCCUCCCAUAGAUGAAAAAGGUUUAGAAGAGGCAAGGAAAAUUUUCAAGUUUUAAUAAAGCAGGCAUGGAUGCCAAGCACAUGCCAAUGGAACUUGUCGAGAUUUACCACAAAAGAAUGCCUCACCUACAUCUUGAUACUGGCUAUUAUGAAGCUAAUUAAUGUUUUCCAAAUUAAUAUGCUAAUUAAAUAAUAAAACUCGUAUGAGAAUGCUUAGUUAAAAUCUAUU